AUGGCCACCUACAGCUUCAGGCAGACAACCUCCCCCGUGGCACCUGGCGGCUCCUCGCUGCGUUUCGGUGGAGCUUCCUUUAGGGCUCCAAGCAUCCACGGCGGCUCCGGGGGCAGGGGGGUCUCAGUCUCUUCUGCCAGGUUUGUCUCCUCUGGCUUGGGAAGCGGCCUGGGGGGUGGCUAUGGAAGCAGCUUCAGCAGCAGCUUCGGGGGAGGCUUCGGGGGGCUGGGCGGUGGCGAAGGGCUGCUCUCGGGCAACGAGAAGGCAACGAUGCAAAGCCUGAACGAGCGCCUGGCUGCCUACCUGGAGAACGUGAGAGCCCUGGAGGAGGCAAACGCUGACCUGGAGACCAAGAUCCGGGGCUGGUACCAAAAGCAAGGGCCAGGCCCCUCCCGGGACUACAGUGCCUACAACAAGACUAUUGAAGAGCUUCGAGAGAAGAUCCUGGAUGCCACCAUCGACAACUCCAAGAUCGUGCUGCAGAUUGACAACGCUCGGCUGGCUGUUGAUGACUUCAAAACCAAGUUUGAGACGGAGCAGGCUCUGCGCAUGAGCGUGGAGGCUGACAUCAACGGCCUGAGGAGGGUCCUGGAUGAGCUGACCCUGGCCAGAGCUGACCUGGAGCUGCAGAUUGAGAACCUGAAGGAGGAGUUGGCCUACCUCAAGAAGAACCAUGAGGAGGAAAUGGCUGCCCUGCAAGGACAAGUCACUGGCCAAGUCAAUGUGGAACUGGACUCUGCUCCAGGCAUUGACCUCUCCAAGAUCCUGGCUGAUAUGAGAGACCAAUAUGAGAACCUGGCUGAGAAGAACAGGAAGGAUGCUGAGGCCUGGUUCCACAGCAAGACGGAGGAGCUGAACCGGGAGGUCGCCGUCAACACCGAGCAGCUGCAGAGCAGCAGGACCGAGAUCAGCGACCUGAGGCGCACUCUGCAGGGGCUGGAGAUCGAGCUGCAGUCCCAGCUCAACAUGAAGGCAGCUCUGGAGGGCACGCUGGCAGACACGGAGGCUCGGUUCGAGGCACAGCUGGCACAGCUGCAGGGGCUGGUGGGCAGCCUGGAGGAGCAGCUGACACAGCUGCGUGCGGACAUGGAGCGGCAGAACCAGGAGUACCAGAGCCUGAUGGACACCAAGACCAGGCUGGAGCAGGAGAUCUCCACCUACAGACAGCUGCUGGAGGGGCAGGAUGCACAGAUGUUUGGCUCUUCUGGAACUGCAGACAAAAGGGACAAGCUGGCUGAGGGGAAGUAGCUCUGCAAGCCCU